AAUAAUAAAGUACAUUGGGUCCCUGAUUUACAAAUUUUUGAGUAUUGAACCUUUUACCAUAACAAACUUCUUUGAGAAGCAUAUAGUGCUUAGUUUUUCAUAAAUACAGCUAACAGACCAGUUCAAAUCAUGUACCAAAACUUACUCCAAUUCACCAACUGAUAGCAAUAAUUAAUAGUCAGUGCUGCCUGAAGUUUUCCAACACCACGCUCCAGCUCUGACCACGGCUCCUUAUUGCACGUUCUUAUUUAGAGGCCAUAAAGACCCAGCCAGGGGGCUCAGAAAACACCCAAGGUGUACUGUUUGUAUCCAAAGCGGUUUGUCAGCUCUUCAGAGGGAGAGAGAGACCAUCCAUUGAGCCACUCUGUUCCUGUCCGAAAUCCCACCUCUUCCACUCAGCCCGCGGAGCGUCACACUACUGAUACACAUGCUUUUAUCGGAUACCUACUGUAGAAGAGUGAUGCAACAGAUGGAGGCGGACCCAGGUAGGUGCACGGCUAUCGCCGGUGUUGAUUCCCAGAAGUGAAGGGGAGAAGACAAAAGCGGGAGGAAUGGGGGAACCGGGAACAGAUGGGUUGGGGCCAUGUUCCUGGGACGGCUGUGUCCCAUUGGGCUCGGGAACAGGGUUUCAGGGAGGGGAUUUGUGAAUAUAGUCCUGGAGCUGAACUACUACUGCUCUCAUCGGCUGCGAUGCUGCACAUGAGCAAACAUCAAGAGGAGAAGUUUACUGUCAUGCAAAAACGGUGCCAAAAGACAGCAAUCCCUGACUUGGAACGGAAUUCAACAACUUUGAAAUCCCAAAAAUGUUUACACAAACGAAUUAUCGUCUACUUGUUUCUUAGCCUACAAACUCAUCUGGGCAAUGGGGAGAAUGCCUGCAAACAUGUAAAGGUGACUCCCUUUGGCAUGCCUUCACAGUCCAACUGUGAGUGUUCUUCUGUAUGUACUUCAGAGGACAAAUGCAUAACAGAAGGACAGGUAUGCGGAACAGAAGCACAAGACUUCCGUUGCAUUGUUACUUACAAAAAGAAAGAACAAGAUUGUAUUCCUUUAAAUGGAACAUCAGCAACACAGUGUUACACUGGAAAUGGGAUUUUCGUGUCCAACAUGCCAGGGUGUUUUAAUGAGAACAUUAUAAUUUGUAAAACAGCUCUUGAUAUCGAAUUUACCGGAUGCAAAAUAAAUCCAACUUCCAUAUCUGAAUCAAGAUCUCCUACAGAAAACCCACCUAGCUCAAGAGUAGGAGGAGAGAAUCCUGGACUCAUACCUGCCAGCGUUGCUGUUCUUGCCCUUGUCCUCUUUGUUAUAGGAGCUGCUAUGGUGGCAAAAAGACAUCUGAAGAAGGAAGAUAACUCAAGUGUAACUCUGCUCUAGGGAUGUACAUUCAGACACGGGUUUGAAUUCCUCCCUGUGUCUCCAUGGGGUGCUCCAGUUUCUUCCCACAGUCCAAAGAUGUGUGUGGAGUGUGUGUAACUGUAAACUAUCAGGUGUGUGUGUGAUUGCCCUAUGGUAUCUACACACUACUUUUACACAUUACUUAGCCAUGCUCCCUACACUUCUUGCAUAGGCUCCAGCCCACUGCAACCCUGCCCUGGACAAAGAGAAUGAUGAAAAUGGGGGACCGGGAAGGAGAGUAAAAACCACCCUUAAAAUUCAAUGAAACAAUAAUAUGAACAGUUUAUGAGAAAAAAAAUCCACUACAUUUUUAAAAGUAACCAUUGUAAGUGAAAACCGUAAAACUGUAACCCUUAAACUGCAAUCAAGCUUGAAGGUUAUUAUAUUAGUAUAACUAGUAUAUUGACAUUUUUAACACUUUGGUUUGAUAUUCUCUGGAUUUGAAUAAUGUGGGCUCUAUUUAUUUGGGUUCUAUUAUGUAAAUGUAAAUCCACUGUUGAGAUUUGCACUAUAUGAACAUUGGUUCAUAUGGUGGAAAGUAGCAAACUAACUGUACAAUAGUCAUGCAUCUGCAGCUGUCUUUCUUUCUGCUAAUGUAAUGGACACAUUGUAUUUUCUAUGUGAUGUAAAUCGCUUUGGAGA